UUCCACAACACACAGCUACAUUCACCCACAGACCGAGGUACAGACGAGAGACAACCUCUGGCCCCCCAGCAGCUGGCCAGCUUGGCAGCCCCAGUCUCCAGCCCCUAACUACCUUCCCCCGCCCCCAUCCCCUUCCCAAUUGAAGGAGCGGAGAGAGAAGAGAGAAGAGUGAGCAGAGAGAUUGAGAGAGAGAGAGAGAAAGAGAGAGAGAUAGACGGAGAUCUCUGGAGCAGACCUCAAGGUGACUUCCAUUUCUAUCUGGUUCACGUCUGGGGGGGCCCUGGCCGGGCAGCCCCCCCACAUUUCUCCUGCCCUGAAACACGGCUCUAGCCAACCUGCUCCGCUGCUUCACCUGCGACCGUCUGUGCGGGGGCUGCACGGCGCCAGCCCCUCCGGCCCGCCAGGGCAUUGUCCUCCAGCCUGUCAUGCCCAGCUGCGACCCUGGCCCGGGCCCUGCCUGCCUCCCCGCCAAGACGUUCCGCAGCUACCUGCCCCGUUGCCACCGCACGUAUAGCUGCGUCCACUGCCGCGCACACCUGGCCAAACACGAUGAGCUCAUCUCCAAGGUACGCCAGUCUUUCCAAGGGAGCCACGGCCGAGCCUACCUGUUUAACUCCGUGGUCAACGUGGGCUGCGGACCCGCUGAACAGCGCCUCCUGCUCACGGGGCUCCACUCGGUAGCUGACAUUUUCUGCGAGAGCUGCAAAACCACCCUGGGCUGGAAGUAUGAGCAGGCUUUUGAGACAAGCCAGAAGUACAAGGAGGGGAAGUACAUCAUUGAAAUGUCACACAUGGUGAAAGACAACGGCUGGGACUGAGGGGCUCAGGCAGGCUGUGCCCUUCCUCCGCAUGCCCACCCUCCCCACACCUGUCCCCUGGCCCUGCCAAGCAGUCCAUACCAGCAUGAGUACUGCCCCACCCCUGGGGGGAAGCCGGCUCCCACCACCCCUCCCCCCCUCCACCUUAUCACCCCCAGGCCCCUUUGGAAGGGCGGUCUGGGGUACCCCAGGGGUGUUCAAGGCUCAGGAGUGGGCAGCAGUCAGGGAGAGACAGAGCUGGGGAAUGAGGAUAGUUGUGGGUCCUUCUAGCCCUAAGGUCCUGAAAACGGAGGUGAUGGCAGGGCAUAGGUCAGGCAGAAGACCAUGAAGGACCCAUUUUUGCCCUAAUCUCUUGUUUGAGUGAACGGAGGACAAGCCUUAGGCAUGGGGCUGGUAGGUCCCAGGCCACAGGACAGCAGAUGAGAAGGGGCUUGAAUUGGAGUGAAAUUUUGGCCUCAGACACCGCGAGACACCAGUCUCUGAGGGUGAAGUUUCCCGCCCCCGUUUGUAGGAGAAAGGAUUCGGGGAUGUAAGGGGAGAAAAAAAAAAUCCCAGAUCCUAAGCCCUGGGAAAUAAAAGAAUCACAGGGGUUUCCAUUUCACUCCACUUUUUAGUUCAUCUUGGCACUAAAGAGGCACUUUCGAGUAUCUUCGCCAGUGGGUGGGGUGGGGAAAGCUGCUCCUGUAACAGCCCCCACCCCAGCUGGCUGUUUCCAGCACGAGCAGACUUUCUGGGCAUUCUCUGAGGCCCAGCCACUGCUCUCUGGGACCCAGUCCCUUGGAGGGGAGGUGGGACAUCAGUGCCACGGGGUCAGGCUUCCUCGUGGCUGCCACCAGCGAACGAAACUUUUGUAUGAUACAUAAAGUGUUUGGGUCUAUUUUUAAUAAAAAGGGGAAAAGCAACUGUGAGGAACUCUGUCCUCUUGACUGUCCUUCCCGUUUACCUACCAUAUACUAUUCUGUCACCCCCUCCCCCACCCCGCCCCCCAGGGGCCUGUCCCUUCAUGCCACUAGAGGGCAGCAACUGCUUUGUCUGUAUUAAAACCCCACUUGAGCUUUAACCAGGGGUUGGGUCUUCAGGUGAGGUCUGCUUAGUGAAGAGGGAGCUUUUGCGAGCUGUGUUCCAGCGGAAGCGCCCAAAUCAGCUCCUCUUCCAGAGCCCUUGACAAUGAAUCCUGCUUUUGCCUGGAUCCGGGACUGGGCACCUGGAAGGGUCUCUUCCCUGAACAAGGGUGUCCUUGGGUCCUAUUGCUUUUCAGCCUGGUUUUGAAAUGUCUGGGUCAGUUCGUGGCCACACUUACGGCUGAAAGGAAAAUCGAUGAACGCAAGGUGUUGCCCCAGCACAGCAGAGACCAAGUGGAACGAAACGGCUCAAAAACCGCAGCAUCAGGGCCACCGUGUGACCCACGCGCAAUUUCUGGCAGUGAUAUGAAAUCCCCAUUGUUAUUUGCUGGGUCACUGACAACUGCGGGGAGGA